AGCGCAGAGACAGGAGAGCUAAGAGCUGCGUAGCUUUCUUAGAGGGCUCAGUUUCAAUCAGACUAAGCUGCGACCACUUAUAUUUGUGAGUAGUUCGAUUUCACACUCAAGAACGAUCGUUGAGUACUUACAUUCGUUGAUCCUCUUCCCCCAAGGCACGCCCACCCGCUAAGUUCUUAUCAGCGUUCUUAUUAGCAUUAUAUCAUUAUAUAUCCGGCAUAAAAAUUUUCAAUAUCAUACUCAAGCAACUACAAGAACAAAAUGGACGUCGAACAUCCUUCUUCUCCUCUCCGUGAAGCGGAAGAGGAGUUGUCAGAUCUCUCCGACAACGACGCUCUCCUGGAACAGGUUCUUCCCCUGCAGAACCGAUGGGCCCUGUGGACUCGUCUCCAGGCUGGCGCGUUCGACAGUAAAAACUUCGAGGAUACUCAAUGGCAAAAAGUCGCGAAAUUCGAUACCGUGGAAAAGUUUCAGGCGAUCCUACAACACGUGAACCCGCCAUCGGCUUUCGUGGCGGGUGUGUUUCAGACUCUGAACGACAAUCUACUCGGAGGAGGUGGCGCAAACGAGGAUAUUAUGGAUGGAUCCUCAAGGGUAGGCGGAAAAUACGUAGAUGCGGUAGCCUACUUUAAGGAAGGCUGCUUUCCAGUGGUUACGUCAGAGCAGUGCAGAGCACGAUGGGAUGCGAGACUGAAGGCGAAACAGGUAUAGUUGUGAGUGGAAGAGUAUGUUGAUCUGCUUGAUGAAGAAAGCUUCGUUAUUGCUAGUCGUGAAAGUGUGUAUUGUUGAAUCAAAUAUAAAGAUUUCUCCUUGAUGGAGCACUUGGAAUUACACUAGAAGUACAUAUUAGUUUAUACGAAUUCAACACCACACCAGACCCUGCCUCUCGAAGUGGACGCAAUGUGGGUAGACGCUGUCGCGAAUAUGGUCGGUGAACAGUUUUCUCAUUCAGACGACGUCCUCGGUCUCCUAAUCGCGCCUAGAGAACGCAGUGUAGUCAAAAUCGAACUCUGGCUACGCACCGCAGAGGAAGCAGCAUGCCGAAGAAUUGGCGCAAAAUUUUCGAAGAUUCUACGCAAAGCUAGUGCCGACUUCUACAGAAAAACAGGUGAGAAGCAAAGAACGCCAUGGAAUGACGUGGUCAAAUGCCUUUGCCUGCAAGACGAGAAAAGACGUGUGUUAUAUCGUCAUCCCAUAAAGGAGCAAGUCGAGGAGCAGGGUGCUGAAAAUGAAAACUGAUCCUGAAAAAAUCGAACACGAUGACUUCUUACCCAGCUACUAAGAGAUGACACAUUAACCGAAAGCUAUGUCGAUUGUUUCGCACUGACUAUGACGAAUGGCAUGACAUAAGAUCAUGAAGAGCCUACAACGCUCGUUUUUACGACUGAACGCGCAUCCUCUAUGACUAUCGCAAUGCUUAUGCUCUUUAUGCACAGGAUGACGUGGAAGACUCUGUUUAUUUCUAGGCAUCGAUCGCUCUUCAGACGAAAUCAAAUACGACGAACUAAACGAAGAGAAACUGAAUAAAGAUCGAUCAUGAUAUAAUACUGCUCUGUAGUUUGGCGAAGCGUGGAUCUACGCCUGGAUCUUUCUAGUGUAGCAUGAUCUCCUGCAUCUGUGAG